AUGUUUCAUCAUCGAGCUCGGCUGCGCGCCUCACUGGGGGUCCUGUCGGCGUACGCGCUGGUCUUCGAGUACGCCGUGUACGCGGCGAGCCGUGCCUUCCUCUGGCCCCCGGUGUUCAAGCACGAGGCUCAGCUGCGGCUUCUGCUCGUCGCAGGCCCGAGAUUGGACGCCCGACGCGGUCUCCUGGACCUGGCCGCCUGGGACCGCGAGCGCUUCGUGCGACGCACCUUCGCGGACGCCCUGACCCACGUGAGCCCCCACGCGGUGCUCUUCAUGGGGGACGUGUACCGGAGCCGCGGACAGCCGGAUGCCCGCAUGGGCCUACACUUUGCAGACGUCUUCUCGCUCCGCAGAACUUCCAGGGGUCACGAGGACGCCUUCGAGCUCCCGGGCGUACUCAAAGUCCACGUGCUCCCGGGCGAAACGGACGUCGGCCGCGACUUCGGAGACCCGCGGACGAUGGCCGCCACCCGGGCCUUUAAGGCGGUGUUCGGCAACGCGACGGCGUUCCGGCUCAAGGCCAAGUACGACUUCUACACGGCCGACCUGCUGUCCCGCGAGUCCCCCGAGCGGAACGCCACCGCGAUGCUCGGGACGUCGCCGGACGGCGCGGUGUCCGUGCUGCUGUCACACCUGCCCGUGCUGGCCAUGCUGAGCCCCAGGUUGAACACGACCCUGGCCAGGAUCCAGCCCAGCGUUGUCUUCUCGGCCCACGAGCGGUCCUCGGUGCUCGUCCGAGCACACAAGAGCGACCUGACCGACUUUUCGAGCGUCAUAAACGCCGACAGCGAAAACGGUGGCCUCGAGAGGGUUAUACUGACAGACGAGACUUACCUGGAGCUCGUGGUGCCGCCGUGCUCGUACGGCGCCACACUGUUCCCGGGGUACGGCGUGGCCGUGUUCAGCGGGGACAAACUGCUCGACCACGGAGUCCUCUGGACGCCCAUGCGCACAACUCACCUCUGGGGCUACCUGCUCGUCCUGGCCUACGUGGGGGCGCUGCUGUCCUUCGGCUGCACCACGUCGGCCACCCUCGGCGCCCUGCUGUGGCGGCCCAGACGUCAUCGGCUCUGA